CCUAUUGGUUUUAAAAGGUAAAUUAAAACAUAAAACAUUAAAACAUUGGGUUAAGAUUAAAAUAUGUAAAUAACGCAGCUCUACACAACCUUCCUUCGACCAAUCUUUUGGUCGAGUAUUCAGACGUUAUUUUCCUGUUUGAAUCUUCAAAUUAAAAUCUCUAGCCCGAAAAAAAUGUAAAACACAAACUACUAAUGUGAUGCGGAUUAAAUACACGUUAUCACAGCAUAUUAUACAACCAUAUUUAGCUGAUUUGUGUACUAUAAUUGUGUUUUUUCAUACGUUAAAACUUUGUUGAUUGCUCUUGUUGUGAAAAUCAUCUGCUCCUGAAAUUCAGGUGUCGCGUUACCUGGGCAGGACAAAUUCCACCCAGUUUCACUCCGUUCUGAUUAACAUACAUUUUUUUGUUUGCACCAAUGAAGACAAAUGGACAUGGAAUGACGAUAAAAUAGUUUGGAAGUAUAGGUGAAAGUUCAACGCGUGUUUGCUCAUGGCCCACUGUCGCCUUCUGGUCUAUUUAGUAUGUACUUUCAGUUUUGUUUCUCCUCAGGUUCCAAAGUAUGCACUCAAAGGUCAGGAGAUCAACUUGGUGCCCUCCAUUUUUGGCCAACCUGAUGGAAUUCUCUGGACACGUGACGGCAAGAAAGUGGUUGAUUUUAAUGGCAUGGAGGAGUUUGUGUUUCCUCCAUAUGAGAACAGGAUCACUCUGGACUGGGCCUCGGCAGAACUCUCCAUAAAAGAUGCCAGAUAUCAAGACAGUGGAGAAUAUGAACUGGCAGUUCAAAUAUUUAAGAAGGUGCACCGGUCCAUGUAUAAAUGGGAGGUUAUAGACAAAGUUGGCAAACCAAGCAUAUCCUGCAAGAUGGUGGAUGAAAACCAGGCAACGCUCAUGUGCUCAUCACAUUCCAAACAUCCUCAUUUGCUGCAGUUCAUGUGGCACUCACUUGGAAAGAAUAGGCCGGGCCCGAAUUUAACGAUAACUCUCCAGGAUAAGCUUGACGAUCGAGUUUACCAUUGUCAUGUGAGCAACCCUCUGACUAAUGAAACUGCUGGAUUUACUGCCAAAGACUGCUUCAAGGACAAAAAAACUGCUGCUCUACUGGUCAUCAUCCUCCCUGUCAUUUUUGCUGUUGCCUUCAUGUUGCUCAUCAUUUUGGGCUGUCUGUUCCGAAGAAAACUUCAAGGUGCAGCAUGCUUUGAAAACGCAAAGAAAGGAGUUUUUAAAAGACGACAAAGUACAACAGAAGGGUCCAGUCACAGUGACGAAACCACAUCCUUCCUGGGCGGAUUACCCACACUCCCCUCCAAUCAGAGGCUCCGCCCUUUGCUUCCAAGUGAUUGGAUUGAUUCCGCUUAUGGCGACGGAGAAAAACUUGAAACAACAAAUGACGUUAACAAGGAGCUGACUGCGGAUGAGGGUGUAGAUUCUGGUCUCGCCACUUCCUCCGAUCCACCAAAUUCUCCAUUGACCUCCUCUGACAUCAGCACUUCCAGUGAACAGGAGGAAAACUCACCUGGGCAAGUCUUUGGAGACACAUCAGAGGAAACUGUGCAUGAAGGUGACUCAUCUCAAGUUGUGAUGCUCUCCUCUGACUCUGCGGAAGAGAAAGUUUCUGAAGAAGAAGAAGGAGAAAUUGCUACACAGGAUCUUAUUUCAAACUUGGUGACUGGAGAGUUUAACAAGGAGCUGACAGCGGAUGAGGAUGUGAAUUCUGGCCUCGCCACUUCCUCCGAUCCACCAAAUUCCCCAUUGACCUCCUCUGACAUGAGCAUUUCCAGUGAACAGGAGGAGAACUCACCUGGGCAAGUCUUUGGAGACACAUCAGAGGAAACUGUGCAUGAAGGUGACUCAUCUCAAGUUGUGAUGCUCUCCUCUGACUCUGCGGAAGAGAAAGUUUCUGAAGAAGCAGCAGGAGAAACUGCUAAGCAGGAACUUAUUUCAAACUUGGCGACAGGAGGUGAGGACCUGAGGAAAAUUAGCACGUUAGCUUCUGAGGGAGAGAAUGAUGAUAUCAUUGCAGAUGAGGAAAAAAGUGAGACUGAACAGCAACGUUCUCUGACUGACACAAACGCAACUCCGAGUCAAGACUCAUAAACAUGUUUUAGUGCCAUUGAUGACAAAUAGACGUCCAAUCCAUUUUGACAAGGAGCUAUCGUUCGAACUCUGCCAGCCCCGCCCAGUCAAAAUUGAUAGGACGUCUAUUGCAGUCAAUGGCAAAGUUAUUUCAUUAAAACCAACAACAUAUUAAUUCAGUUCUGAAAAACAACUACUACCUUCCCUUUUAUCAAUGGACGGAAUGUUUAACAAUGACAUUGAAAAAGAUCACAAACAACCACAAAUGCUACUGUUUUCCAACUUUGAAAUAUGUAACAUUUUCAUAUUCUAUAAAUACAGACUUGAAAUUUUCAUAUUCUCAUAAAUACAGACUUUCAUUGGACUGAUUUUUCAAAAUUGCUCACAAAGGGUGGAACAGUUAAUCGAUCUGGAUCAAUAACUCCAUGUGUUAGGCGCAAUUGAAUCGAAAUCGAUCAAAACGCAAAAUAUUGAUAAAUAUUGUUAUCUUUUAGAUAUGCUGUUUAAUUAACAAGUUUUCAUUCACUGAAAUUGUCUCAGCAACAAAUUUUCCAUUCUCUAUUACAAUGGAACUACCGUAUUUGUGUUAAAUGUGUAGAUAAUGCGUUGAGUCGAAUCAAAAUCGAAUUGUGGCUGAUGUAGAAAUAUCGUUGUCCAAAGAAUCAGUAUUGUAUCUUCAUGACGUUGGUGUUUUUCAUCGAUCCAGAUCGAUAUAUCGAUUGGCAAAACAAUUAGCAAAUUGAUCAAAACAUGCACAAAUAUAUCGAUCUACAUCGUAAUCAUGCCAUUUUGUUAAUGGUUUUCGUUCAAAUGUUUGAAAUGUUCUAGCAACAAAAUGGUCAAAAACAUCAAAAUUCGAUCAGUUUAAGGCCUGCCUUUCAACUGAAUUGAAAUCACACUGCGGCAGGAUUUGUAAAAGCAGUAAAUUUCAUAUUGUUAUGUAAAGAAUUUGAUAUCGAGUCAUAUCGUCGCGAAAUUGGUGAUUUACACCCCUUCGGUUUACUAGGUGCUUACAAUACAAAACAAUUCAGACACAUAUUUUUUUGCAAUUAAGUUGUGAAUAGCCUUAUUUUUCUACAAACUGCCUGCGAAUUGUAAUGACAAGUGUAGAUUUGUGCAUUUUGUUAUGUUUUUUACUGACCAGCCAGGACCUGAUGUGAUAUUGUACAGUUGGAUUGUGAAAACCUCAUCAUCUCAAAUUUUAUUUUUAUAGUGUUUCACUUUGAAAGCUGGAAGAAAAAAAGUGUUUGUAAUUUAAUAAAAACGAAAAAUCCAAAAGAUCUGAUUUUUGAGUCGACCCCAAAAAAGGGAAACGUAAAGAGCUGAUACACAGUACAGACCUAGCCUACACCUGUGAUAACAUUACUUCGUCAAUAGGAGGCAGUAUUGACCAAAAUAUACUAUUGAACAAGUCUCGGUGAAAGAACUGUGUUUGAAGACAGAAUCACUCAUCAAAGUGACUUGGAAGAGUGUGAUAUCAAGUCAGCAGUGAUACAGGACUGAGAGUAGUGCACCUGAAAAGACAUGUACCAUCAUGAUCAAAUCAACAACAUGACACAUAAGUCAAUAAAGAUGUGGUUGCAAAGAAUUGGCU